AUGUCUAAUCACAGAUAUGGCCUUCAAGUUAACAUUGCGAUUAGCAAUUUUCACCUUCUCUUGUGUAUUCUACUUGCUGGUGAUAUAGCAACUAAUCCUGGACCUGCCUGCAGCUCAACAUACAGUUGCCCUGUUCAAAAUACAGCCUUACGUUGUUUGUCAUUCAAUGCUCGAAGUCUUAAGAGCGUAAACAAACAAGAAGAUGGAUCUACCACAAGCAACCUGAGUAUGUUUCAAGAUCUUGUCUACUCAGACAGUUUUGAUAUUAUAACUGUCACUGAAACAUGGCUCAACGACACAAUCUUAAAUAAAGAAAUACUGCCUUGUGGUUACAACAUAGUAAGAAGAGAUCUGAAAAACGCGGCGGUGGUGUUUUGAUGGUAUUACGCGAGAGUUUACAAUACGACACAAUUACCCCGAAAAAUCAACCUAACCUCGAAAUCGUUGUUGUUGAACUCAAAACUAAGAACACAAAAUACUUGUUAAGUGUUUGUUAUCGUCCACUAAACGUUAAUAUCAAAGAAUGGUUAAAAUCGUUUACCUCCUUUGUGACAUGUUGUGAACAAUAUGACAAAGUUCUUAUAACUGGUGACUUUAAUUUCCCUGACUUGACAUGGAACUCAGACAACAUUCAAGAUAUAACUCCUUCUCCUUUCGCGAUGGAAUUUUGUGAACUGAUCUACGAUUUCUUCCUUCAACAAGUUAACGUUUUUCAGACGAGAUUAAACAAUAUCCUUGAUCUAAUUUUAACGAACAGCCCGAAAUGUGUUAUUGACCUGUCCUGCAUAUCACCAACAUCUGUCGAUAUGUUUAGUGACCAUAACUUGCUACUUUUUAAAUUUCAAGUUCAUCCCAAAUUAUCUCCUCGAACAUCUCGAUCAGUGUUUGAUUACCAUCAAGCAGACUGGGAGAACCUCCGCAAAGACUUAAUAUCGGUCUCUCGUCUAUGAAUAUUUCACCAGAGAAUGCCGACUGUGAUCCAAGUGCUGUUGUAGAUAUCAAUAUGGUCUGGCGACGCUGGAGAAAAAGCUGAUGGAUGCAACCGUGCAGCAUAUUCCAACCAAAGUGGUGAAGAGACGUAACACUCCUCCUUGGCUCGACAGCGAAACCUGUCACCUUUUUAAAAAAGAAAGAAAAGGCGCGAAGAAAAUCAAAAAGAACAUAUAAGCCUAACCAUUUAGAACACUUCCGAAACCUUCGUCGCUCGUUUAAAACGCUCGUAGCACGGAAGCGAAAGAAGUUUUUCCAGUCAUUGCCAGAUCUGAUGAUCUCCAGCACAAAGAAGUUUUGGUCGGUGUUUAAAUCCGUUUCACGCACUUCUAAUGUUCCCAGUAAAAUGGUGUGGUCUCAGGGCGAACACACCGUCACAGCUGAGGAACCUGAUAAAAUUGCCAACCUCUUGAACAAAAUUACCACUCCACGUUCAAACCUUCAUUAUCCGAAGAAGAAUAUGAAGAUCAUCCAUCAACCACCACCAUCCCUCUCAGUGAAACGUUGAGUGACAUACACAUCAGCCCUGACGAAGUAAAGAAUAUCCUUCUUUCUCUGGGAGACAAUAAAGCAACUGGUCCAGACAACAUUCCUGCAAAACUGUUAAGAUGUUCUGCUCCCCAAAUAUGUUCAUCUCUUUGUAAUCUCUUCAAUCUUAGUCUGAAAUGUGGGAAAAUCCCUGCGGCGUGGAAAAUUUCUAACGUGGUACCAAUUCCAAAGAAAGGACUAUUAAAAGUAGUUUCUAAUUACCGUCCAAUUUCCCUACUUUCUAUUGUUUUCAAAGUUUUCGAGCAUUGUGUGUACAAUAGACUGAUAGCUCACGUUUCCAUCAACCUUCAUCAUCUCCAAUUCGGCUUUCUCAGAGGCAAAUCAACAACGGCCCAACUUUUAUAAGUACUACAAGAGAUCGGUGAAAAGCUUGACAUGAGAGUCCAAACAGUCAUCAUCUGCCUGACUUUGCAAAGGCUUUUGAUAGAGUUGAUCAUCGUUUACUUGUAAGAAAGUUAAAGAAAUUCGGGAUUGGUGGGACUUUGUUGAAAAGGUUUGAAGACUACUUAACCAAUCGUCACCAAAGAGUAACUGUCCUUUGCAAAACUUUACAUUCUCUCCCAGUACUUUCUGGCGUGUCGCAAGGUUCAAUACUUGGUUCUUUACUGUUUGUUAUUUACGUGAACGAUCUUCCGCAGGAAACAUCUACAUCGUCUAUUGCUUUGUAUGCUGAUGAUACUAAAUGCUAUCGUCCAGUUAGAUCACAUAAGGAUGAACAAUAUCUUCAAAAAGACCUUGAUGGUAUUAACAAUUGGUGUGAAUCGUGGCGGAUGAAUCUGAAUCAAUCGAAAUGUGAAGUUCUUUAGGUGACCAGAAAUCUGAAGCUAGUGCCGUCGAGCUACCACCUUAAGUGCGACACUCCCAUCAAAAGAACCAAUGCCCAGAAAGAUCUUGGAGUGAUCAUCACAUCCGAUUUUAAAUGGAACCAGCACGUGUCCAUGGUAUGUGUCAAAGCAAGCAAAAUGCUCGGCUUCAUUAAAAGAUCAUCAAUGGACAUUUGCAACGAGAAAACCCGCCUUGCGCUUUACAAGACAAUGGUGCGAAGCCAGAUGGCUUAUUGCCCAAAAAUUUUGUCACCACACUCGGUAUCACUUAUCCUUCAAGUAGAAAACGUCCAACGUCGCGCCACCAGAUACCUUUCAUCACUGCCAUUCUUGUCAGGAGUAUCAUACAAAGAUAGACUUGUCAAAAGUGGUUUACUCCCAUUAACAUACUGGCAUGAAUUCCUGGAUAUGGUCUACCUUUACAAAGCGUUAGUUCUAUAUAAUUACCAUAAUAUCCAUGUAAAGACAACAGAUCGGUUGACGAGAGAAAAUGAUGGAACAACAAAAAUUAUAUUACAAGUUCCUAAAGUAAACACUUUAAUACUUCAGAACAGUUAUUACUGCAGAUCACCCAGGACUUUUAACUGUUUACCAUCACACUUAGGCAGUCAAAUCUCUCAAUCACUCAAUUUAAAAUGCGGCCUAUUUAAAUAUUACCAAAAACGUGUUGAAGAGGUCUACGACAAUGAUGUUCCACAAACGUUUAAAACAAUGUGUGUAAAGUGUCAUUUGUGUCGUCCCUUGUCUAGUCUUUCUGUCAAACUGUGUUGUCAUUAGUUGCUGUUAACCCAGUGGAAAUAUCACUUUGUUAGUGAGCAUGUAAAAUUUAAAUUCAUUUUUUCGAUCCACAUGAUUAGAAUUGCUCAGAACCACAUUAAAUCAAACGUCUCAGUGACUAGAGAUUUUGAAGCGAUAUAUCCACUGUGUUAACCUAUAUUUCAGUAUUGCAUUAGCAGGUUACCCGUAAAGGAGCAACUAGCUCUGUGGGUUAAACCGGUCAUGUGACAAAGAUUGUAAAAUAAAAUAAAAUAAAUAAAAUAACAUCCUCCAUACAAAGGUUUGCCACAACAGGGCUAACGGGACUGUCCAUAGCACAGCCGUGAAUCUGUUUGUACGUCUUGUUAUUGUAGUUAAAGUUGCUGUUUGACAGAGUGAAGCGUUAGAGUUUAAUGAUAUCAUCAAUAGAUAAUUUAGAACGUUGUCCUAGUGUGUCAUCUUUGCUAAGUUUAUUACGAAUGUGUUCACAUGCUCUAUCGACUGGGAUGGCAGUAAAUAGUGAUGCAUGCAACGACAAAUGAAAUCAUAAUUUCGUCAUCGUCAUUCAUGGGCGUACCGGAAGGAAAAAAUUAGGGGGGCGGAAAGAAAAUUGCCCAACUUUUCGGGAUUCUGCCCGGAAAAAUUUUUGGUGCCCUCCGCGAAGGCCAUUCGCUCGAAACGUCGAGUUUCUGUUGUUUUUUAAGGUAGUAAUAUAACCACUCAGCACAGCAUAAUGCUAGCCCAAAACUGACCAAACCUGCCAAAACCAGCCGAGUAAAGGUCCUUACUCUAUGCUAGAAAACGGGCAUUAAAUGUUUAUUUAUGCUGCAACGAUGUCUUUUUAGUAGAAUCUUUUGCAUUAAUUUAAUUUCGCCUCUUUCGAUUCUUAAUUUUAGGGGCAAUUAUAAAGAUAAAAAACCAGUUCAGGACACAACAAGCCAUGUUCCGCCUGGUUCAAUGGGUGGUGCCUUUUCCUUCGUCGUUAUCACUGGUAGUGCGCUAGCAGCAGCAGCAGCAGCAGCAGCAUUAUGCGGUAUUGCAGUUGAAGAAGUAACGAAAGAGUUAGGCGCUACUGCAUUUGGACUAACAAAUAGAUCAACCGUCGGUAAUGUCAUUAAGCAAUACCGCCACUGCAGGAUUCAGGUGCACCGCCAUUCAAAGAUUUUUUUAAAGUUUCAGGCGAUGUGGCAAAAGAUGUACGCAUAAAUGCAGUUUCGCUUGGUGCUCUUUACUGCGGCUAUGAACAGUUAAAACCAGUUAUUGAAGGAGCUGUUAAAAAAGGCUUGGGUGGUGAAAGAGAUCAAGAUAUUCCGCGUAUCAAACCAGGAUCUCUACAUGUUUUACUUUGUUGUUUCACGGAUCAAAGAUUUCUUGACGUUUUGAAUUGGAAGAUUAUGAAUCUGGAAGAAUAA